CCCCCAGUUUGCAAAAGCCAGAGGUGCAAGGAGCCGCCACUGCAGCAGCAGCAGAAGCAGCAGCAGCAGCAGCAGCAGCAGCAGCAAAGCGUCAGCAGGAACAGCAUCAGCAGCAACAAAAAAUCCUCAUCAAAUCCUCACCUAGGCCCUCAGUGUAUCCAGAUCCACAUCUUCACUCAAGCCGGGAGAGGUAAAUUGGAAUGGGGGGGGGUGGUUAGAGGAAAAAAAAAAAAAAAAAAACCCAGCAACUUAGCGGAAACUUCUCAGAGAAUGCUCCAAAACUCAGCAGUGCUUCUGGUGCUGGUGAUCAGUGCUUCUGCAACCCAUGAGGUGGAGCAGAAUGAUUCUGUGAGCCCCAGGAAAUCCCGGGUGGCAGCUCAGAACUCAGCUGAAGUGGUUCGCUGCCUCAACAGUGCUCUGCAGGUCGGCUGUGGGGCCUUUGCCUGCCUGGAAAACUCCACCUGUGACACAGAUGGGAUGUAUGACAUCUGCAAAUCCUUCUUGUACAGCGCGGCUAAAUUUGACACUCAGGGAAAAGCAUUUGUCAAAGAGAGCUUAAAGUGCAUCGCCAAUGGGGUCACCUCCAAGGUCUUCCUUGCCAUUCGGAGGUGCUCCACUUUCCAGAGGAUGAUUGCUGAGGUGCAAGAGGAAUGCUACAGCAAGCUGAACGUGUGCAGUGUCGCCAAGCGGAACCCCGAAGCCAUCACCGAGGUCGUCCAGCUCCCCAACCACUUCUCCAAUAGAUACUAUAACAGGCUUGUCCGAAGCCUCCUGGAAUGUGACGAAGACACAGUCAGCACCAUCAGAGACAGCCUGAUGGAGAAAAUUGGGCCCAACAUGGCCAGCCUCUUUCACAUCCUGCAGACAGAUCACUGUGCCCAAACACACCCGCGAGCUGACUUCAACAGGAGGCGCACCAGCGAGCCGCAGAAGCUGAAAGUCCUCCUCCGGAACCUCCGAGGUGAGGCGGCCUCUCCCUCCCAUAUCAAACGCACCUCCCAUGAGAGUGCAUAAGCAGGGAGAGGCAUUCACAGCCUCGCCAGACUAGCUUCAUUUGAAAGGUGUUCACACACCGACUUUGAGUGUACUGUGCCUGGUUUGAUUUUUUUUUUUUUUAAAGUAGUUCCUAUUUUCUAUUCCCCUUCCAGAA